GCGUGGAACCGCCUCCCGCCGCCAUCUUGAAAUCUGAGCCACAAGCCGGGCGCCGCCGUGGCAGGAGCAUCCUCGGCGGGGUGGGGGGGGAGGCGAGAGCGGCGGGGCCGGGGCGAGGGGGCUGCAAGGGGAGGGGGGAGCCCCGGGGCGAGAGGCAGGCCGGGGGGAGGGGGGCCGUGAGGAGCGGGGGAGCUCCGGGGCGAGGGGCCAGGCCGGGGCGGGGGGGGCCGUGAGGAGCGGGGGAGCCCCGGGGUGACGGGGGCUGCAAGGAGAGGAGGGGGCAGCCCUGGGGGCCUGCGCUGUGGGGAGGUGUUGUAGGGCGGCAAAUUCCCGCAGUGUAGGGAGCCCUGGGGGUCCCAGGGUGUACCCCCCAGGAGGGGGGAGCCGGGGUGAGGUGUGCCAGGGGCCCAUGGCCUGGGCGAUGUGCUGAGGGAGCGGCGGGGGCCUGGGGAAGGUCUCUUGCGACCCCCCUGGAGUAGUUCGGGGUGCUGGUCAGGGGGGAAGAUGAAGGAAACCUGCCGGAUUUGCGCCCGGGAGCUGUGCGGCAACCAGCGGCGAUGGAUCUUCCAUACGACGGCCAAGCUCAACCUGCAGGUGCUGCUCUCCCACGUCCUGGGCAGGGAGCUGUGCCGGGACGGCAAAGCCGAGUUCGCUUGCAGCAAGUGUGCCUUCAUGCUGGACCGCAUCUACAGGUUCGACACGGUCAUCGCCCGCAUCGAAGCCCUCUCCAUCGAGCGCCUGCAGAAGCUGCUGCUGGAGAAGGACCGCCUCAAGUUCUGCAUUGCAAGCAUGUACCGUAGGAACAACGAUGACUCUAGCGCAGAUGACAGAGCUGGGGAUGGGACCGUGGACCUUUCUAACCUGCCUGAUGUUCGGUAUGCUGCCCUUCUUCAGGAGGACUUUGCUUAUUCUGGGUACGAGUGCUGGACGGAUCAUGAAGAGCACGGCCUGGAGCCAUACAGCUGCCAUGCUUCGGAUGGAGCGAGUAACCGCCCGCGGCGCUGCCGCGGCUGUGCCACGCUGCGUGUGGCCGAUGCUGACUACGAAGCGAUUUGCAAAGUGCCGCGGAAGGUGGCCAGAAGCAUCUCCUGCGGGCCCUCCAGCCGGUGGUCAGCAAGCAUGGGCAAUGAAGAAUCAUCUGUGUGCGACACUGCAGAGUCAGCUGGUGCCAGAGGGCCGGUGGAUGGGGAGAGCAUGGAGGAGGGCACGCCUGCGUCCUCCAUUGAGUCACUGGACACAACUGUGGAGGCUAGCCCUCUGCAGCAGAAAGACGAAGAUGCAGAUAAGGGGGUGAAAGGGAGUGGGAAAUGCGAUGAUUUCUCAGAUGAUCGCCUGACCCCACACUCUUCACUGAGUGGGAAUAGGCUGGAGUUGGCCCUCAGCUUGAUCAAGGCCUUGGAGUACAAACCCAUUCGGAGUCCCAGAGGCAGCAGGCUACCUAUUCCUGUGAAAUCCAGCUUGCCACCUCCCAAACCCAGCCGCGACUCGGCAGAUGGAAGUGCUUCUGCCAGCUUAAUGUAUGCUGGUUCUGUUUUCCUGAAUGCAGACAGGAAAUCCCUUUCCAGAGCUCAUUUGGGUCUUUCCCUGGAGAUUUCUGACCUGCAAGAGCUGUGGGACGAUCUCUGUGAGGAUUAUAUGCCGCUUCGGGUACAGAAUCUGCAAGAUGAACAUCAGCAGCCAACUCCAGGUGACCCUGCAGCAGCGGAGCAUGUGUCUGAUUUGUGUGCUACAGAGCUGCAGGGCGAAAUUCAGCAACUUGAUGCCACCAAUAAGUUGCUACAGGAAAAACUGAAUGAGUUGAACUUUGAAUUAAAAUCUGUCCAAGAAACAUCACAGAGACAAGACCGUACAAUCCAGAGUCUGAAUGAGGCCCUGAAGAGCAAGGAGAGUGAGACAGAAGAGCUGUACCAUGUCAUUGAAGGGCAGAAUGAGACAAUGGCCAAGCUGAGAGACAUGUUACACAGAAGCCAACUUGGACAGUUGCAGAUGUCACAGAGUCCGUCCUCAUCCCAGCAGCAACAUGUGGCACUGCUGGAUCUUCAGAACACACUUUUCUGCACCCAGCUCGAGGUGCAGAAGUUGAAAACGGCUCAGCGCCAGAAAGAGCAUCAGUUGGCUGAAGCCAGGAGAGUGACCCAGCUCCUAGAAACCACAGUGCAUGAGGAAGAGCAGCAAAAAGAGGCAACCUGGAAACACAACCAGGAGCUGCGUGCUGUGGUGCAGCAGCUGCAGGCAGAACUGCAGGACAAGGCUCAGCAGCUCCAGGCUGCGGAGUGGGAGAAAUGCCGUGAGCUGCAGGCCCAGGAACAGAGGGUUCAGCGUUUGAGUCAGCACCUGGCUCGCAAGGAGCAACUUCUGCAGGAAUCAAGGGGACUUCUGCAAUGCCAGCAGAGCUUGGACAGGAGCCCCGCAGCCAGGGAUGCCAUGCUGGAGAAACUGCAGCAGCGAGUCAGUGACAGGGAUGCUGCUCUGGAGCGAGCAGUAGAUGAAAAGUUCUGUGCCCUGGAGAAGAAGGAACAAGAGCUGCAAGAGCUCCGUCUCUCGGUAAGAGAGCGGGGAGGUGACCUGGAGAGGCUGCGCAGCAUUCUGUCCAGCAACGAGGCCACCAUUCAUAGCCUGGAGAGCCUCUUGAAAGCCAAAACCCUGGAACUAGAGCAGGUGUCAGCAACCUGCCAAAACCUCCGCUGGCUCAGGGAGGAGAGUGAGGCCAAAUCCUGCAGCAGGCAGAAGGAGCAGGAGGGGAUCAUCCAGCAGCUGCAGACCUGCCUGCAUGACAGGAACAAGGAAGUGGAGGAGCUCACAGCAACCCUGCUGUGCAAGCUGGGCCCAGGGCAGAGUGAGGUAGUAGAGGAGCUGUGCCUGCGUCUCCAGCGCAAGGAGAAGAUGUUACAGGAUCUCCUCGGUGACAGGAACCGUCAGGCUAUGGAGCACGAUGUCGAAAUCCGGGAGCUGCUGCAGGCUGUGAGCGCCAAGGAGCAGUGGAGCCGAGCUGCUGCCGAGAAGAUGGCACGUGCUUUGGCUGAAAGGAGCUGUGAGUUACAACUCCUGCGCCAGCAUGUGUCAGGGAAGGAGCCUGUUGGAACUCAGUCAGCUGGUGCCAGGCUGUUGAAGCAGGAUGAACAACAGCCCAUACAAGAAAUACUGCAAAGAGCUUGUGGAGCUACAGCAACUGCUGAACCCCCACAGGGACACAGCAGCUGCAGGACAGAGGGCGUUACGGUGUCAGCAGCAGAACUGGAGAAGGAGCUUGUUAAUGCCAAAGAGGAGCUGGAGCUGAUGGCAAGGAAAGAAAGGGAAAGCAGGCGAGAGCUCACUGCUCUCCAGUCCGUCAUGGCCACACAGGAGGAAGAGCUGCAGGUGCAGGCCUCAGAUAUUGAAUCCCUGACCAGGAACAUCCAGAUCAAAGAGGACCUCAUCAAGGAUCUUCAGAUGCAGCUGGUUGAUCCCGAAGAAAUUCCAGCCGUGGAAAGGCUGACUCAAGAAGUGCUGGUGCUUCGGGAGAAAGUGGCCAUAGCAGAAUCACAAGUACAAGAGGCUACUGGAAACAGAAGGCAGCAGUUGUUACUGAUGCUAGAAGGGCUGGUGGCUGAAAGGAACCGGCUAAAUGAGGCUCUCCAAGCCGAGAGGCAGCUCUACAGCAGCCUGGUGAAGUUCCACAUGCACCCGGACAGCGCUGCGAGAGACCACACUCUGCAGGUGGAGCUGGAGGGGGUCCAGGAGCUCCGGGGACAGCUGGAAGAAGCUCUUGGAAGAAGCUUGGAGCGUUUGAGCAGGCUGGAGACACAGGGCACCUUAGGAGGUCAGGCCGUGGGGGUGGACGGUGAUGACGCCAGCACCGACUUCACCGACAGCAUUGAGGAGGAGGCAGCCCGUGGCGCUGUGAACCAGCAUAACGGCCCCCGAGUCCCCAAGGAGAGCGGGGGCACCGAGGGUCUCCCACCGGGGAGCGUGGCACCCACCCUGCCGGAUCAGGAGACGCGGGCAGAAGAGGAGCUGCGGGAGCUGAAGGCCCAGCUGGAGGAAGCCGGUUUCUCCUCCGUCUCCCACAUCAGGAAGGCGAUGCUGAGCUUGUGCCUGGAGAAUGCGGAGCUGAAGGAGCGGAUGGGCGAAGCCACGUCGCUGCUGGAGAGCGGGGAGCAGGAGGAGGCCGGGGCAGGUGGCCCCCCAACUCCCGAGCCCCGCCGGCUCCAGCGGAAGGGUCGCGGCGCCCUGGGGGACCCCCCAGCCAGCGGCACUGGGGACGGCCAGGGGCUGCCGGCAGAGAGGGAAGCGGUGCCCGCCAAGCGCCCCGCGCUGGAGGCACGGUCCUGGGACGAGGCGCCCAAGAGACCUUGCCCCAGCACCCCAGAUGGAGAGGAGGAGGGGAGCCACGAGGAGGGCACGGCCCCCGGCGGGGGCUGGCCGGGGCUGGGCACGGAGCUGCGCUCCCAGGUGGCACAGCGCCAGAGGCAGUGCCAGGAGCUGCGGGACAAGCUUGCCGCGUCGGAGGCCACAGUGCGGGCACAGGCGGAGCAGCUGGAGAAGUACCACGUCCUGCUCCGUGAACCCCAUGCCCAGCAGCUCAGCAAGCAAGUGCAAGUGGACUUCCAGGACCUGGGCUACGAGACGUGUGGGCGAAGCGAGACUGAGGCCGAUCGGGAUGAGACCACCAGCCCCGAGUGCGAGGAGCCGGAUGUGUUCAGUGAGCCCAGCCUGGGCGAGGAGCUGGGGUCCCUGCGCCGGCCGGGGGUCGGCAAGGCUGUCCUUAAGGCCGUGCCCCCGCCGGACGUGGGGGCCCUGCACCAGCACAUCCAGGACCUCAAGGUGCAGCUGCUCAAUGCCAAUAAGGUGAUCCAGAGCCUGCAGCGCCGGGCCCGCUCCAUCUCCGUCACCAGCGGCUAUGCCUCGGGCACCGAGCGGCUGCUGCCGGGCCCCGCGGCCCUGGCCUCGCCUGCCCGCAGCCUCACCGACGAGGACGAGGGCUGGCAGUCGGAUGGCCACGGCACCCUCUGCCCGCCCGCCCUCCAGGCGCACCGUGACCUGGAGCGCCUGGUGCACCGCGUCGCCCUCCUCGAGGCGCAGCUGCCUGCAGCCAAGCCCGGGGCCGUUUUGCCCAAGGAGCUGCAAUCCACCGCCUGGCCAGGGAAGUACGACUCGCUGAUCCAAGCGCAGGCGCGGGAGCUGUCCCACCUGCGCCAGACGCUGCGGGAGGGCCACGGGGCCAGCCACGGCCUGGCCCAGCACCUGCGUGACGCCGUGCGGUCCUUCGAGGAGCUCCUCCGCGGCACGGACAUCGACUACUACCUGGGCCAGGGCUUCCGGGAGCAGCUGGCCCAGGGCAGGCAGCUGGCUGAGAGACUCAGCGACAAGCUGGGCACCAGAGAUCAACAAGAUGGGGAGGAUAAAAGCAGCCAUGAACUGCUGGCACUGAGGCUCAGCCGGGAGCUCCAGGAGAAGGAGAAGGUGAUCGAGAGUCUGGAGGCGAAGCUGCAGGAGCACUGCGAGUCCCCGGGCAGCAGCCGCCCACCCUCCGAGUCAUCCUGCUCCGUCACCAGCACCUCCUUUGUCUCCGAUGGGCUAGGGCCCUGCUCCGACGGGGACACGGCCAGCGAGUGCAGCCAGUGCCGGAAGGAGCCCGCCCGAGGCGCAGGCCUUCACUUUGACUCCUUGUCCAAACCUGUUAGUGCCCCCCUGCCUGCACUGGUCCCUGGGUUGCCCCCCUUUCUGCCUGCCGGGCCCCCCCCUGCUGCAGCCCCCGCGCUCCUGGGUUGCUGCAGGCCCCCCGUCUGCUCCCUGGCUGAGGCGCAGCAAGAACUGCAGGUGCUCCGGAGACAGCUGGGAGAAAGUGUGACGCUGCCAGCAAAGCCUGCAGCCCCACUGGGCCCCUUUGGAGAGGGCAGCAACCCCCCAGCGUCCCUUUGCCGGCACGGUGCCCCGCAGAGCCUGGCUGAGCCGCCCGGGGCUGCCAAGACCCGUGCCAUCUGGGACGUGCCUCCUCCCAGCCGGCCGCUGCACGGGCCGUUUUACGGGGCCUUGGCAUUGGGGCACCCAUCCAGCCAGAAGCUAACAGGGGCAGACCUGCUGGAGGAGCACUUGCUGGAGAUCCGCAGCCUGCGCCAGCGCCUUGAGGAGUCUAUCUGCACCAACGAUCGGCUCCGGGAGCAGCUCGAACAGCGCCUGGCCUCCACCGGCAAGGCCGGCGGUUUUUCCACCGACAUCUACAUCCAGGGGCAGGAGCUGGGGUCCCGGCUGAGCAGUGAGAACCGGGCCCUGCAUGAGGACAACCAGACCCUGCGGCUCCAGCGUGACCAUCUUUCCCAAGAGCUGGCGCGGGUGCAGGAGGCGCUCCUGGCUGCCUGCUCCCGGGCACGGGAGGCUGAGGCGGAGGUGGCCCGGAGGCGUGGGGAGCAGCGGAGGCUGGCGGACGAGCUUGCCGAGUGCCAGGAGAGCAUCCGGCAGCUCCGGGACGAGCGGCUCUCUCUGCAGGAGGACAACAACAGGCUGCAGCACACGGUGACACUCCUGCAGCAGCAGUGCGAGGAGCACCGCCUGCUCUUGCAGGCCCUACGCGCGGAGCUGCACGUCUACGAGAACAUCCCUGGCCCCUCUGCCGAGACGCGUGCAGGUUGCUUCCCAUCUCCUCCAGUGCGGGAUGUUGGCAUGAGCUCAGCAGCCCCCCUCUUCUCCCCGCCACCCUCAGACACAUCGGUGACCCGGCAGGUGGACGAGCUGCGUGGAGCCAACCCACCAGCGAGGAAGAGCGAGGGGCCAACAGGGGCUCACGUUGUUGGCCGCCUGGACACCUAUGAGACCCUGGAGCAGCGCAUCAUCGAGGGGAAGGCGCUGGCCUGUGAGCUGAUGUGUCUUACACGCCCGGCACUCAGGCUGCCCAACCAUCGGCUCCCGGGCAAGGAGGCCCUGGGGUGUGCUCGCGCAGGGCACCUGUGGGGCAGCGCCAGCACCCUGCACCGCACGCUGGAGGAGUGUGCGUCUCUCCUUGCUGCGUUCUGGAGGACUGUGCUGCCCGCUGCCCCUGCCCAGCACCAGGACAAGGAGCAGGCACUGCAGGAUGAGAUCGCGGCCCUGCGGGCCCAGCUCUCGGAGAGGGAGGAUGCCCUGCAGAGCGCGGCCGAGCAGCUCCACAGCACUGCCCGGCUCAAGGACAGCAUGGAACAGUUCAUCGUGAGCCAGCUCACCAGGACUCACAACGUGCUGCGCAAGGCCAGGACAAACCUGGAGGUAAAGGCCCAGCAGGCCCUGCCCGUCGCGUGAGCCCUGCCUGCGAGCCUUCUGGCCUCCGCGCCCUGCUCUGCUGCACUGGAGUGCUGGCCUGGACCCAGUCUGUACUACUGCCGAGGGGCCAGGGGAGGGGGGUCAAGGGGCCUGCAGCGCUGUCCCAGGGCCAGGCCUGCUGCGGGCGCUGGACAAGGAGUGUGUUUGACGCUUCUGUGCCCUCCAUCCAGCUUUGCUUGGCAUUGCAGCAGCAGCUGCUGGCUUGUGCUAUGCCUGCCCCACACUUCAACGCUCGCCCCUUCCUCCUACCCUUCAAGGGGCACAGCCCUCCAAGCUGGGCCCUUCUCACCCUGGGACCUUGUCCUGUUUGUAAUGUUGCUGCACACCUGUCCCUGCUUGUGGAUGUAUGUAUUUAUAUAUAGAGAGAUAGAUAGAUAUCAGAGCUGCGUUUUGGGGGCUCCUUGGGCACAUCAGGGCCCCAGCGCAGGAGGACGAUGUAAGAAAUGAUGUGUUCUGUUCAGCAGCUGGAGCGCCCCCAAUAAACGUUUCCUUUGGGUUA